CACUUAGUAAAUGCUGUGUGAGGGUAGUUUGGAUGCGGUUAGAAUAAAACAAAAUGGUUCAUUUAACACUCCAUGUAGCCUAAUGAUGAUCCAGUCAGCUGAACUACUAAUGAUAGAGCUGAACUAAAAAGAUAAAUACAAGCAAAGAUAACCCAACAUGGAAAUGAGAGAGAGAGCCAGACAGAGCCAGACAAAGAGAGAGGCUGGCGAUGGCCAAGCGUGUAGCUGUGAUUGGAGCGGGCUGCUCGGGCCUGGCGGCCAUCAAGUGCUGCCUGGAUGAGGGCCUGGAGCCGGUCUGCUUCGAGAGCAGUGACGACAUCGGGGGACUCUGGAGGUUUAAGGAGAAGCCUGAGGCCGGCCGAGCCAACAUCUACCAGAGCGUCAUCGUCAACAGCUCCAAAGAGAUGAUGGCCUACAGUGACUUCCCUCCCCCCGCCCACUUCCCCAAUAACAUGCACCACACGCAGGUGCUGCAGUACCUGUGGCUCUACGCGGCACACUACGGUCUCUUGAAGCACGUCCACUUACAGACUGCAGUGAAGACUGUGAGGCAGAGGCCAGACUUUGCUGGUACAGGUCAGUGGGAGGUGGUGACUGAGAAGAGGGACGGUGAGGAGCAGAGACACGUCUUUGAUGCCGUGAUGGUCUGCACUGGACACUUCACACGACCACACCUGCCUCUCCAGGACUUCAAAGGAAUAGACACAUUUGAGGGGAGGCAUUUCCACAGUUGGGAAUACCGCAAUGCUGACGGACUGCAGGACAAAACUGUGGUGGUGAUCGGAAUCGGGAAUUCUGGAGGCGACAUUGCAGUGGACGCCAGCAGAGUGGCCAAACAGGUGUACCUGAGCACCAGGCGGGGGGCGUGGCUGGUGGGUCGCGUUGGAGAGGGCGGGCUGCCAUGUGAUGUCGUCAGCGGUGUCCGUCUGGCUCUGCUGAUUGGUGGACUGAUGCCCUCGUGGGCCACCCAAUCAGUAGAGAAGCAGCUCAAUCAGCGCUUCAACCACAAGCUCUACGGACUACAGCCCACACACGGGUUCUUUGCUCAGAUCCCGGUGGUGAAUGACGACCUGCCGGGACGCAUCAUCUCCGGCCGCGUCAUCAUCAAACCCAACGUGAAGCAGUUCUCUGGCUCCAGCGUCGUCUUUGAGGAUGGAACGCAGGUCCACAAGGUGGAUGUGGUGGUGUUUGCUACAGGCUACCACUAUGACUUCCCUUUCCUGCCGGAAGAGCUGAGGGUUCGAGAGGGCUACCGCUUGUCUCUGUACAAACAUGUCUUUCCUCCGGGCCUGCAGAGGGCGACACUGGCUGUGGUGGGGUUCAUACACGCGCUGGGAGCCGUCAUUCCCCUGGCAGAGAUGCAGGCUCGCUGGGCCACCCGCGUCUUUAAAGGACUCGCUACGCUGCCAUCGAAGAGAGAGAUGCUUGAAGAUAUUCAAGGAUGUACAAAAACGAUGCAUCAGAGGUUUGCCUGUUCCGAGCGCAACCCUCUCCAGACCGACUACAUCCCCUACAUGGACGACAUCGCCCGCGAGGUCGGAGCCCACCCGCGGUUCCUCUCCCUCCUCCUCCGGGACCCGGGGCUGGGCCUCAGGGUUCUGCUGGGCCCCUGCACUCCGUACCAGUACCGCCUGUGUGGACCGGGCCAGUGGGAGGGGGCCCGCCACGCCAUCUACACCCAGUGGGACCGAGUCCUGCGCCCAUUUGCCACCAGAACUCUGCCAGAGUCAGAGGAGGAGAAGAGGAGCGACACCGAACCCAGCUGGUGGCGAGGAGCCCCCCCGAGGCUGGGUACAGUCAUGGCUGCUAGCAUGCUGUUUGCUAUCAUGUACUUCAACAAACGCUUGGCAUUACAGUGACAGGAGUAUGUUUUUUGGAUUUUUUCUUCAGUUGCUACACUGCUAGAACAGUGUUUCCCAACCGUUUUUGUCUCGCGUACCCCUUAAGCAUCUUAGUUGUGCCAUAAGUAACCACUAGUUCAUGUUCUAUAUGGCUUUCUCUGUCCUGAUGUGACUGUUCCAUAGAUCUGUUAUAAUAAUAUAUUUUUUCCAAAUACCCCCCUGCAGUAUGCUUGCGUACCCCUAGUGGUACACAUACCCCUAGUUGGGAAUCACUGUGCUAGAACACUGAAGUAUUUUUUUUAACUAUGGUUGAUCUCUUUAAGAGGCAAGUAGAAGUGAUUUCAGGAUGUUUUUACUGUUUUGUAUUUGUCUGGCUGUCACUAGAUUAAUGGGUUCCGCCUUGCUCCACGAACUUCCAUCUGGAGCUAUGUCAUAUGCUUUGUUCGUCAAAUGUCUGGUUUUAUUUUAUAUUUUAUUUUAAGUCCUUGCACAUGAUUGGAGAAACCACUUGUCUGAUGUUUUUCAUAAGGUGCUACUUUAACCACUCACAAAUUCACAUUUGAAAUGACAGAAUCAAUGUUGACAAGUGAGUCCAUUGUUGUCUGAAACAACUGUCAGUCCGGCCGCACAUCGGCUCCGACAGCACUGCGGCGCACUUUCGCUUUCGACAUAAUUCGGACCCCCAAACCCAAUUUCACACGAACAUAGCAUGGAUAGUCAAUGGGCGGUGCUAAUUGCUAUCCGACAUCCGCGAAUGUCCACGGACAUCGGCGCCAGUGUGCGGGGUUCUAUUGAAAACAAUGGAAUCGAACUUUUGCGGAGCAGUGCUCAGCACUUUGUCGGAGCCUAUGUGCGGAUGCCCUCACAUUACACUUAUUUUCCUUCUCCGCGAUGUUUAAACUUUGACUAUACGUCACAGCUCUGAAAAGCCCACGAUCUUAUUUGGUUCAGUUGCAUAGCAGUUUCAAGUCAAGUCAAGUCAAGUCAAGUAGGUUUUAUUGUCAAUUUCUUUACAUGCACUGGUCAUACAAAGAAUUUGAAAUUACAUUUCUUGCUUUCCCAUACAGACAUAGACUAAUCUAGGUAAGGACAUAGACAGUAUAGACAUAGACAGUACUUAUACAUGGACUUAAGACAGUAUGGACAUAGACAGUGCUCAUACAGACAUUUAAAGUGCAAGACUGGACAACAGAAGACUUGUAGAGGACAUACAUUAAGAGGUAUUGUUGUGCUUUUGUGCUUUUCCUAAAAAAAGUCCUUUAUAGCGUUCUGACAUGGUAAUAGUAGCAUUUUGAAGAAAAAUAAAUAUUAAAAAGGUCUGUCAAGUACACCGGCAGCAGUGUGUGUGUGUGUGUGUGUGUGUGUGUGUGUGUGUGUGUGUAUGUGUUUAGUGCAGGUAGAAGGUGCGGUGUGCGUCUGUGUGUGUG